AUGCCGACUAUGCUUGGUCUCACCAACGAUCGCUCGCCUCACGGGCUUAAUGCGGAAGAAAGCAAAUUCGGUGGCCCCUCCAGCCAAAGAGGCAUGGAACUUACCCCGCGCCAACAAAACGGUAGCAUUGUAUCCGGCAUCGAAGGCUCCGACUUCUUCAACGGCGGUGGCAAGCAAAAGGAGCACGACGCAGAUGAGGAGUCAGAUGAAGAAAACCUCAAGACCAUCAAGGGCCGUAACCUCUCCGCCGUCAAGGAGAUGGAGACUCUUCUCUGGCGUGCCCUCUGCGACAAGCCCAAGACUGCCCUCAAGUACAUCGCCAAGGACGCCGUCAUGUCGAACCGCUUCCUCUUCGGCGACCCUGUCCCCCGAACCGCUGACUCUGAUCCCUCUCUAGAGGAAGAGAUCAAGCACUGUGAGGAGUGGCUCGCCUACAAGAUGCACGACCCCCAGCCCGUCGAGAUUGGUCUCAUGGCUGCUGCAAUUGGCUACAAGCUCAUCCUCUUCCGCCAACUCGACCAAGGAGAUGGCAACUUUGGCAUGCAGACCGUUCAAGCUACAUGUUCGAGCUCCUGGAGGCAACUUGCUAGUGGCGACUGGGAGCUCACUAGUAUGUUUGCUGGUUAA